AUGUCCGAAGUAGAUAAUAAUAUUCCUAGCUACUUUAGAUUUACUCUUCAAGAAGGAGAUAAUAAUAUUCAUAGCUACUUUAGAUUUACUCUUGAAGAAGGAGAUAAUAAUAUUCAUAGCUACUUUAGAUUUACUCUUCAAGAAGUAGAUAAUAAUAUUCCUAACUACUUUAGAUUUACUCUUCAAGAAGGAGAUAAUAAUAUUCCUAGCUACUUUAGAUUUACUCUUCAAGAAGGAGAUAAUAAUAUUCCUAGCUACUUUAGAUUUACUCUUCAAGAAGGAGGUAAUAAUAUUCCUAGCUACUUUAGAUUUACUCUACAAGAAGGAGAUAAUAAUAUUCCACGCUACUUUAGAUUUACUCUAAAUGAAGGAGAUAAUAAUAUUCCUAGCUACUUUAGAUUUACUCUUCAAGAAGUAGAUAAUAAUAUUCCUAACUACUUUAGAUUUACUCUUCAAGAAGGAGAUAAUAAUAUUCCCAGCUACUUUAGAUUUACUCUUCAAGAAGGAGAUAAUAAUAUUCCUAGCUACUUUAGAUUUACUCUACAAGAAGGAGAUAAUAAUAUUCCUAGCUACUUUAGAUUUACUCUUCAAGAAGGAGAUAAUAAUAUUCAUAGCUACUUUAGAUUUACUCUUCAAGAAGGAGAUUUACUCUUCAAGAAGGAGAUAAUAAUAUUCCCAACUACUUUAGAUUUACUCUGUAAGAAGGAGAUAAUAAUAUUCCUAGCUACUUUAGAAUUACUCUACAAGAAGGAGAUAAUAAUAUUCCUAGCUACUUUAGAUUUACUCUACAAGAAGGAGAUAAUAAUAUUCAUAGCUAUUUUAGAUUUACUCUUCAAGAAGGAGAUAAUAAUAUUCAUAGCUACUUUAGAUUUACUCUUUAAGAAGGAGACAAUAAUAUUCCUAGCUACUUUAGAUUUACUCUUCAAGAAGGAGAUAAUAAUAUUCAUAGCUACUUUGAAUUUACUCUACAAGAAGGAGAUAAUAAUAUUCCCAACUACUUUAGAUUUACUCUUCAAGAAGGAGAUAAUGAUAUUCCUAGCUUCUUUAGAAUUACUCUACAAGAAGGAGAUAAUAAUAUUACUAGCUACUUUAGAUUUACUCUUCAAGAAGGAUAUAAUAAUAUUCCUAGCUACUUUAGAUUUACUCUUCAAGAAGGAUAUAAUAAUAUUCCUAGCUACUUUAGAUUUACUCUUCAAGAAGGAUAUAAUAAUAUUCCUAGCUACUUUAGAUUUACUCUUCAAGAAGGAUAUAAUAAUAUUCCUAGCUACUUUAGAUUUACUCUGUAAGAAGGAGAUAAUAAUAUUACUAGCUACUUUAGAUUUACUCUUCAAGAAGGAUAUAAUAAUAUUCCUAGCUAUUUUAAAUUUACUCUUCAAGAAGGAGAUAAUAAUAUUCCUAGCUACUUUAGAUUUACUCUUCAAGAAGGAGAUAAUAAUAUUCCUAGCUACUUUAAAUUUACUCUACAAGAAGGAGAUAAUAAUAUUCAUAGCUACUUUAGAUUUACUCUUCAAGAAGGAGGUCAAAAUAUUCAUAGCUACUUUAGAUUUACUCUUCAAGAAGGAGAUAAUAAUAUUCAUAGCUACUUUAGAUUUACUCUAA